AUGAAGCUGGUACUUGAAGGGUCUCUUGUGGCGGGAAGAAGGGUUUCUCAGAAAACUUUCCAAGAUAAAAGACGAGAACCUUCCAGACCCCUUGCCCCACCUCGCGUCCAGACCCUUUUACAAGAAAACAAUAGUGAACGUGAAAUCGAGCACCCCCUUUGGCUUCUCAGCGCACAAUCUGGCCUGCCUCCUGGACCUCCGGGCAGUCUCCUAGCUGUCUCCCCUGCACACCACGGCUGGCUCAGGGGUCCUAGAGCCCCCGGGCUCCAUGAUGCCUGCGCCUGCAACGCGCCCCGAAGCUGGCAGGAUGUGUUGAGGGGCGGACAGCGCAUCGUGUCCCUCACCCCCAAUCCUCAAUCUCAGGGGCUCCAAAGCCCGGCCACUCAGACCCCAGGCCUCCACGACCCGGGUCCAGAAGGCAGACUUCCCGCAUCACCAGCCUCCCUCAGUGAAGCCAGCCAGAGAGUUACCCGCCAAGGCCCAGGCGCGACGACCGCAGAGGCGUGCGGGGAUCCAGGGCCGGGCCCGCUGCUCUCCGCCCGCCUGCGCCGCUCGCUCCAGCCGACUGCUGCCUCUCCGGCGGCGCCUGCCGCAUCGGGUCACCAAGCCCUGGGCUGGCGGAAACCGGAGGAAGGUGGCGCGGGCACGAUUCCUUCCCCCCAGCCCUGGCGGGGGAGCUGGAGAGGGCGCAGCGCCGCCCGGAGUCGGAGGCGCCCGCCAGCCCGCGCGCUGCCCGCCACGCCCGGGUCUGGAUCCCCGGUGACUGCGCGGAGCGCCUCGGGAGCCGCAGGAAACGCCUCCUGCUCCGCGGUUGUCGCCACCAAGUUCGAGAAGAAAGGUGCAGUACAGAUAGAAGCUGCGGGGCUCCCCGUUCCCCUGGGCGGCGAGGCUGGAGCGCAGCGGAGCCCCUACCUUUCCGGCGGGGCGGAUAACAGCCGCGCGCCCUCUUCGGGCGUCAGGAGUCUUGUUAAGGAAAUCAGGGCCUAAUCUGAAGUGAUGAAGAUGUCAUCUCAUGCCAGUCAGAAUGGCAGUACCAUGUCCCCAGCUGCUUUUCUCCAUCCCACACGUCCGCCAUGAUGUUUUGCCUCAUUUCAGGCUCUGGAGAAUAGAGUCAGUCAUCUAUGGAUGGAGACCUCUGUAACUGUGAGCCCCCAAAUAAACAUUUCCUCCUCCAA